AAUUUGAAACAUGAUCACACUAAACCAUUUAAGUACAGAGGAUCCAGCCGAUGGUUGUCCACUGAUACCUGAAGCUGAGGAGGCCACACUUCCAUCCUAUGAGCUGGGGACAAGGCCAGAGUCUUUUUUCAUCAGCAGGACUGUAAACUUGACUAUUAGUCUGGUGUUGCUGAUAAGCUGCUACUCAGCAAUACUGAUCCCGGCCUACUUACCUGCAGAUGGCAGUUACCAUGAAUUUCCAAAAGAUCUGGUCUUACUAAAUCUGUCUGCGUCCCUGCUGUCCAGUCCAUGCCAGCCUCGGUGGUGUCUGACACAUCUUAAACCUUUGUCCUGUUCGCCUGGCCUCUUGAACAUCCCUGUGUUUGUGCAGCAAGAGCACCCCAUGUCGUGGGAGCGCCCCCCUCCUCUGGGGUUGCAGGGCAGUGAGCAGCACCUGGCGCUGGCUCUGGCCUCUCUGCCUCAGCUGGAUCUGCCACCAUUUCUGAGCAAAGAGGGCCACUGCAGACGCUGUGUUGUCGUGGGCAAUGGGGGGGUACUGCACGGUAGCCAUCUUGGAUCACAUAUUGAUCAGUAUGACAUCAUCAUAAGGCUGAACAAUGCUCCAGUGCCUGGCUUUGAGAGGGAUGCUGGGUCCAGGACCACAGUCCGGUUGCUCUACCCAGAGGGAGCACCCCACUCUGCAGAUGAGUACAAACAGACCUCCAUGGUUGCUCUCGUGGUUUUUAAAAGCCUCGAUCUGGACUGGCUUACUUCUGUCAUCACCAAACAACCCCUGAGCUUCUGGUCCAAAAUGUGGUUCUGGAGGGAUGUGGUGGAGGAGAUUCCCCUGAGACCUGAGAACUUUCGAAUUCUCCAUCCAGAGAUUAUUCACAAAACAGGCCAAGCUCUACAGAAGUACGCAUUCAAACAAGGGAAUAUGGUGCCGACACUCGGGGCCUGUGCUGUGGUCAUGGCUCUGCAGAUGUGUGAUCAUGUGAGUCUAGCAGGUUUUGGAUACAACAUGCAGCAUCCAGAGGCAAGACUUCAUUACUAUGAGGAGAUACGUAUGGACGCCAUGAAAGCUCAAGUGGUCCAUGAUGUAAGUGCAGAGAAGCUCUUCUUGAGGGACUUGGUGGCUGCAGGAGCUGUGACUGACCUGACGAGGGCGCUGUGAGCCACUGGAGCAGAAAGUGAUAAUACAUUGAACUGUGAAUGCACUCCCCCCCACUCAUACACAAAAGUCCUAUAUACAGUCAGACUGACCUUUACAAUGUACGAGCCUGACUAAUGACUCACUAAUGAAUGUAAAGGUUAAACUUGAUUCAUGUAAAUAGAGAAGUCAUAAUUUAACACUGUGUUUAAACCACC